AUGAAAGGCUCCCUCUUUUUCUCUUCUCAUCCAUCCAUGCGCACCUCUGUUUUCUCAAUGGACUGGACGAGAGGUCCGACCAUAGGCCGUGGCUCCUCUGCUGCGGUCUCCGUAGCCACCGAUCUUUGCUCUGGUCAAGUUCUGGCGGUUAAGUCUGUUGAGUUCACUCACUCGGAUUUUCUCAAGAGGGAACAGAGGAUUCUUUCUCGAUUCAAUUGUCCACGUGUUAUAGCUUAUAAGGGGUUUGAUGUUACGUUGGAAAAUGGGGAAUUGAUGUGUAAUCUUUUGAUGGAGUUUGCGCCUGGUGGGUCGAUUUUGGAUGUGAUGGAGGCGGCUGGUGGCCGAUUAGAUGAGGCGACGGCCCAAUUUUAUACUCGAGAAAUUUUAAGUGGGCUCGAGUAUGUUCAUUCCAAUGGUGUGGUGCAUUGCGACAUUAAGUGUUGCAAUAUUUUGGUUGGUGAAGAUGGGAUUAAGAUUGCGGAUUUUGGUUGCGCGCGGCAGGUAGAGGAGGAUUCCAGUAGAAACUUGGUCGGAACGCCGAUGUUUAUGGCGCCGGAAGUGGCGCGUGGAGAAAAACAGGGGUUUGCAGCUGAUGUUUGGGCAGUGGGUUGCGCGGUGAUCCAGAUGGUGACCGGCCGAGCUCCAUGGGUGAAUGUGUCUGAUCCGGUGGCCGCCAUUUACAAAAUUGGGUCCGGCGAUGAUUUGCCGGAGGUUCCAAGGUUCAUGUCCGAGCAGGGCAAGGACUUUUUGCGGCGGUGUCUGAUCAGAGACCCAGGAGAACGGUGGUCUGUCAGUGAGCUUUUGAAGCACCCUUUUGUUCACGAGCAGAAAUCUCCACCCAAACAGAAUUCAAGAACACCAACGAGUAUUUUGGAACAAGAAUCAUGGUACACGAUGAACAAUUCGGAAACGGUUCAAAGUCCGAUCAUGCCAAAACUUUACAGAACGCCAUUGCAGAGGAUACAGCAACUGAGCGAAAUAUCCAAAAUUCAGUCAUCAAGAAUACCCAAUUGGGAUUGCGACAAAGACUGGGUAACAGUGAAAAGCAUUACCAUGGAAGAGGAAGACACAGAACAAAACGAGUUCGUCUCUGUAUUGGAAUUGCCCUGUUUCUCUCAGUCCAUCAAAAUGGCAACCAAAAAUGGAGUUGGUGAUCAGAAUUAUAUUGAUGUUAGUAUUAGUAGAGAAAGCAGUAAGGCUAAGAAGAGGGACUUGCCUGCUAUGUCCUCUGUUUCCAACCAAAUUGUAUCAUUGAACACUAAUAGUUUCUCUAAUAAUCACAAACUAUGUAUUAUCAGUUCUUUGUUUCUUGUGUUUCUAGCCAGUGGGGGUUCAAUUCGUGUUACAUUCUUAAGAUAUAUUGAAAACAUUUGGAUUUAUCAUGAAAAUGUGAAGAUGUUGAUGAAUCUCUGUUUAUUUGAGCUGAAUAUCUUGUCUGGAGACUAG